GAAGUAAAUUAAAAAAUUCAUGUACUGAAACUCUUGUUUGAUGGGUUUUAUCUGUAUUUCUUCCUUUGUUGUUUACCUUUUCAGCUGUUGCUUUUAACUUUCGCCAUGAUAUUUGAAGAUGUUCAAGAAAUGGAUAAGUCUGGAACAUGGCAUAAUGUCUUCCAGCAAUUAAAUAACAAAGCAAAAGAAAAUGCUGCGUCGCAAGCGAUUGGUAAAAAACCCGAAAACAGAAAUCUUAAUCGAUACCGAGAUGUUGUUCCUUAUGAUCACAGUUUGGUUCGUUUGCAAAAUAGCGAUACAGAAUACAUAAACGCAAGCUUGUUGAAGGUUUGUCCCAUCAAUUGGAAAAAGUAUAUUUUAACUCAGGGACCUCUACCCAGUACAUGCACACACUUCUGGCAAAUGAUUUGGCAACAGAAGUCCUACACUAUUGUUAUGCUAAACAAAGUUGUUGAGAAGAACCAGGAUGCUACUGCUGGAACUAUUAAGAUAUCCGUAUCAAAGGAAGAAAAUUACAAUGAAUAUAUUGUAAGACAUUUGGUGAUUGAGCAUUUGAAGGAGCAUACAACGAGAGACAUUCGCCAUUUUCAUUAUGUUGCUUGGCCUGAUUUUGGUGUUCCUUCAUCACCUCAAGCAUUUUUGAAUUAUUUGCUGAAAGUCAAAGAAUAUCAGUCUUCAUUGAAGGGAGUUGGACUUGUAAUUCAUUGCAGUGCUGGGAUUGGUAGAACGGGACGCAAUUGCUCUCCUAGCAAUAUUUUUUCAACAUACUUAGUCAUUUUCAACAUAUUGAGUCAUUUCAUAAUCCAAGCAAAAGGUGAUAUGAUGAAGUAUGAUGUUAAGAGCAAACUACUAGAGCUCAGGACUUACCGAGCGGGUCUUAUUCAAACCACGGAACAACUUCAUUUUUCAUAUGUUGCAAUCUUGGAGGGGGCAAACAUGGUUUCACCGUCUGCCUAUAGUGCUGCCUAUUAUAGUAUGACUGAAGGAGAGUACUCUGAAGAAGAAGAUGAUGAUGACGAUGAAGAGGAUGAAGAAGAUGAUCUUCGAGAUAAGAAACACAUUGCUCCAAAAAGACCAGGGGAUACACAAGAUGAACAACCUGGAGCUAAGAAACCACAUCACGAAUUUCCAGAAAAUAAAAGCACAGUGCCAGAAUUUAAGAAGGAGAAGGAAAAAGACAAACAACAGCUUAAUACAAGUUCCCAAGCUGUUAAAGACACUACCAAAGACAAACUUCAACAGGAAUAUGGCGAUAAAUCUGGAUCCAAAAAGCAAAAAAACGAUGAGCAACAUCCAGUUGUAUCUGAGAAGAAGGAUAACAAGCAAUCAGUAACCGUGACGUCAGCCUUAUCAGACAUUCCGCCAGACAGUAAGAAAGACAAUUACAAAAAAGUUGAAAAAGAUGAGCCAUCACCUACUAAGGUAGCUAGUCCCAAAAACAAAGACCACUUGAUAGCAACCGAUACAUCAUUAAAGAUGAAAACGACAACAAACCAAAAAGUUGAGGAAAUACCGGCAACUACUAAAACUGCAAACACGGCAAAGGCAACGAGCCACAAAGAAAACGAUUCGGCAAAGAAGGCAAAGACAACAAGCCACAAAGAAAACGAGUCAGCAUCUGCUGCAUUAGCAAAGACGGCAAAGACAACAAGCCACAAAGAAAACGAUUCGGUAAAGAAGGCAAAGACAACAAGCCACAAAGAAAACGAUUCGGCAAAGAAGGCAAAGACAACAAACCACAAAGAAAACGAUUCGGCAAAGAAGGCAAAGACAACUAGCCAUAAAGAAAAAGAUUCAGCAAAGAAGGCAAAGACAACAAGCCACAAAGAAAACGAUUCAGCAUCUGCUGCAUUAGUCAAAACGGCAAAGACAACAAGCCACAAAGAAAAGGAUUCAGCAAAGACAACGAGCCACAAAGAAAACGAUUCAGCAUCUGCUGCAUUAGCAAAGACGGCAAAGACAACAAGCCACAAAGAAAACGAUUCAGCAAAGACAACGAGCCACAAAGAAAACGAUUCAGCAUCUGCUGCAUUAGCAAAGACGGCAAAGACAAAAAGCCACAAAGAAAACGAUUCAGCAACUGCUGCAUUAGCAAAGACGGCAAAGACAACAAGUCAGGAGGAUGACGACUCAUCAACUACAGCUUUAGCAAAGACGGCGAAGACAACAAGUCAGGAGGAUGACGACUCAUCAACUACAGCUUUAGCAAAGACGGCAAAGACAACAAGUCAGGAGGAUGACGAUUCAGCAACUACAGCAUUAGCAAAGACGGCAAAGACAACAAGUCAGGAGGAUGACGAUUCAGCAACUACAGCAUUAGCAAAGACGGCAAAGACAACAAGUCAGGAGGAUGACGACUCAGUAACUACAGCAUUGGCAAAGACGGCAAAGACAACAAGUCAGGAGGAUGACGAUUCAGCAACUACAGCAUUAGCAAAGACGGCAAAGACAACAAGUCAGGAGGAUGACGACUCAGUAACUACAGCAUUGGCAAAGACGGCAAAGACAACAAGUCAGGAGGAUGACGAUUCAGCAACUACAGCAUUAGCAAAGACGGCGAAGACAACAAGUAAGGAGGAUGACGAUUCAGCAACUACAGCGUUAGCAAAGACGGCGAAGACAGCAAGUCAGGAGGAUGACGAUUCAGCAACUACAGCUUUAGCAAAGACAACAAGUCAGGAGGAUAACGAUUCAGCAACUACAGCUUUAGCAAAGACGGCAAAGACAACAAGUCAGGAGAAUGACGAUUCAGCAACUACAGCUUUAGCAAAGACGGCAAAGACAACAAGUCAGGAGGAUGACGAUUCAGCAACUGCAACAUCAACAAAGACAGCAAGGACCACAAGUCACAUAGAUGACGAUACAGAAACUGGUUCAUUAGCAAAAAAGGCUAAGACAACAAGUCAUCAGGAUAACGACAGAGCAACUGCUGUAUUAGCAAAGUCAAAAGAUACCACAAGCCAUGAAGAUGACGAUACUGAACCUGCUACAUUAGCAAAAAAGGCAAAGACAACAAGCUCCGAAGAUAACGAUUCAGCAACUAUUUCAAUAGCGAAGGCCUCAGAAAAGAUAACAAGCUCCGAAGAUAACGAUACUACAACUGCUAUCAUAGCUGAGACAACAAACCUCGAAGAUAACGAUACAGUAACUGUUACAUUAAUAAAGACGACAAGCCACAAAGAUGACGAUCAAAUUAAUGAACAAAUAACUAAUUUUAAUACAUUUGAUUAUUGUCUUGACACAGAUGAACAGAUGUCUCCUAAAUCUAGCGUGUGUUCUGGUCAUUUUUCUAGUGAUUUAAAUGUGAAAAUUUCCCAAGAUGUUAUUAGUUGUAGAGAUACAUCAUUAGAAAGCUCAAGUGCGGAGAAGAUUGUUGAUAGAUGGGAGUGUGGCGAAGAGGAUGCUUCUGGAUCAACUGAAAAUUUUUCAAAACGCUCUUCAAUCAAACAGAGUUCAAUUGAAUCUAGCAACACUAAGUCAGUUUCGUUUGAAUCUUUCCACAAGGAAAAGCAAGUACGUGAUGUGAUGGAUAGGGACGUUGCAGGAAAUGUCGAGGAAAAAGAAACAGAAAGUUCUCACGCUCGCCGCCGAGAUGUGGAGAAUCGUAAACGAAAUCUUGCGAACAAAGUAGAUGAAAUACGAAAGAAAAUGAAAAAUAGUGAAGAAAGAGAAGAUUCUUAUGCUACAACAAUUGUUGGACUUGUCUUGUGUGUUGUCGUUGCAGGAUUUGCGUUUUUUUACUGUCGCUGCAAUCAAUAAAGUUCGUUGUAUGUAUUUAACGAACACGUUGAUAUUUUUCCAUCAAACAAUUAUUCCCCAUCAAUUGAUCAUAUCAUGGGCAAUGAUUUCGAAUGCUCCUGCCUUCGCGUUAAUUCAUUGCAAAAUUUAAUUAAAACCAUUCGUAGACUUGUAUAGUAUUCACUGUGAAAGUAAAAUUAUCAAAGAGAACUUGCAUGUAUAUCAUUGGAUAAGAGGUAAAAAGUUCGAUGAAAGAAUAUUUUUUAAUCUACGCCGGCCUCAUUAUAUGUUAAUAAAGUUUUAAUAGUUUAA